AUGGAAGAACUGGCAGACCCCCACAUGCCACAGCCUCUUUCAACAAAACUGGUGAGCCAAGACAAGUUAACCCCAGCCACCAAGCAAGACAUAGCUGAUCUUCUACAAGAGAUGUGGAAAAUGCAUGCCACGGACCUUGACCUAAUAAUAACCGAAGUGUGGGUGGUAACCACACGCAUACAGGCCUUGGAGGAGGAAAUAUUGGACCUGAGACAGGAGGCACAAGGUUUGAAAGAGACUGUCCACCAAAUGCUAUACUUCCACUCUACCCUAACAAUGAGAGUUGACAUGUCAGAAGAUCAGAAAAGACACACCAAUGUUAAAAUUCAGGGCAUUCCUGACUCUAAAGGCACCACCGGAUUGCCACACUAUCGAUGUCACCUCAUUAACACGUUCUUACCGCAUGCUCAGGCGUAA